CUUGUACGGUUUCUCUCCACAUAGUUCAUCACUCGCUUGUAGUACUCCCGAUCAUUUCUCACUCGCGCAACCAAUCUCCUCGCCGUUAUUGUCGGUGGCGACGAAUACACCCCCAAUAGUGUCGAAUACUAUCCCACCUGCCGUUACUACAUCGCCCCAAAGGGCCAAGUUUCCUUGUAAUUCUUGUGGCAAGAAGUACAUUAGUCGACUAAGAGCUUACAGUUGCCUCCUCAAACACGCCGGUUCCAAACCAUUUCCUU